AUGUUCCGCUAUUACUUUAUACUCGCCUUGUACGUUUGCAAACUGUCAUUUUCGCUGCAGGAUCUCUGCACAUUUUGUAAAUGCGUGCAUGGCCAGUACGCAGACGCACCCAUAUGGAUUGAUGUUGGCAAACGCAAUGAAAUUGCAGUGCAAGGUCACUCAUGUGCACGGCCGGUUACGUAUACGUGGAAAGUCGUCUCGGGCUCAGGCGAGAUUAUAACCGAUUUGGGUACAACAAAAGUGCCGCGUGUAGUUUGGUUGCCCUUCACAGUUUCGGUGAAGCCGAGUGAAAAAGGCGAAAAUAAUCGAAUUAUGGUGACAAAAAGUGAUGGACGCACGAAGGGGCGCUGUGAGUGCCAUAUCGAUUUCAUCAACUUAGAGAUGUACAGUCACAUCGACGGUUCGGAACUAAUAUCGAUUGGUUCGGAGCAAAUCAUAGAGUUGGACGGCUCGAAAAGCUUUGACUACAGUCAGCCGAAAGGAAAUCAACACUACAUAUUCGAAUGGACCUGCAGACCAAUCGAGAUUGAUAUGGAUAAUCAAUAUUGCAAGGAGGGCAAGGUUAUGUCAACUGGUUCCAAACUGAAGAUUGAUGGCCAUUACCUCUCCGUUAGAGGCCUCUAUCAAAUAACGCUCCAUACUAAGUCGCCCGUAACGGGUUUAGUUGCAGGCGAUCAAAUUUAUAUAAGAGUCGAAUACGGCACACAAAUACCGUUAAUUAUUCUAUGUGAACGCAAUUGCUUAAACUACCGUUACAAUGAGGGUGUCAGCAUUUUCCUGCACGUCGACUGCAUUGGCUACUGCGGGGUGUCCCUGAAAUUCUACUUCUGGGUAGACGACGUAUUCAUAACGUCCAACCACAAUGGCAAGGUGAGAUUCAUGCCGCCAAAUGCGCCCACCUUCAAGUUCAACGUUACCCUCGUAGCCGAUGGUGUGGUGAGUAAGGCCAAGGCGCACUUCGUGCGCAACGAUCCACCGACAGGUGGCAUUUGCAACGUUGCACCAAAAAGCGGAAUUCCUGGCGACACGCUCUUUCGUGUGGCUUGCAAGAACUGGACUGAUCCCGAUUUACCGUUGUAUUAUACGCUGAAGGCGGGUAAUUUGCUAUACGACCGUACCACCGAUCCCAAUUGGGAGGUGUAUGUGCCGCAGGUGCCUGCGCUCACCGUCCGCAUAUGUGAUCACUUUGAUGCUUGCACGAAGCAUGAGGUGCCUUUGGAGUUGACGCCCGCUGUGAUACCAAGGGGAUUGCAGAACAUAAUGAAGUAUAUGCAAUGGGAUGCAAAUAAUAUAGAAAAAUUACUGAAUGGUGGGCACUUUGCCCGCGCCGUUGUCAAAGCUACGCUGAUGAUGAAGGACCAGCCGCUAGAAGUGGUAAAACGUAUACUCUCUGCAUUCGGGAACUUCGACGCGGACUCGCUGGCUGACGUGCGACAGUUGGGUACAAUGACGAGCCAAUUGGUCGAACCGAUGGGCAAUUUAACAAGUGAGAAAGUUGAAGUGUUUCGUGCGCUGUUGGACAAGAUAAGCGAUGGCUUCACCAAGACUAUUGAAAAUGGCGAAAUAAAGGACUUAGAUAAGGAAGAUCUCGUGGACAUGUCCGAUGAAAUAGUUGGCAUGGUGUCCAAGUUCGCGACAAAGUCCGAGCAGUUCGUGGAUGUGCAGUCACUGUUGUGGGAAUUCGAAGGCGGCAUGGCACAAGUGGCCAAGGAGCGCGCCAUGAUGCCGCCAAGAGUAGGACUUUUGGUCGAACACUACGGCGCCCAUAAUUGGCUCAAUGACACAGUUCUAACCCCAAUAAACCGUUGGAUGCAUGUCGUUUGCAAAACCUUUGAGCUACUACAUGAUAUUGGCGUCGCGAGUAGCCUCAACGUGCACAAGGGUGACAAGGAAUUCAUCGUCAAUAAGCUUACUGUGCAGAUGUCAACUUUCGGCAUCGACGACGAUGAACCCUUGAUAAUCGUCUCGCUGGACUACCUCACCACUGCAGUGCUUACGCUGCCCAUGCUGCAAGAUAUGCAAUCGAAGUUAGGCGGCAAGGAGAUGACUGCGCAAGUGGUUUCCUUCAGGGAAAACCCGUUCUGGUGGUAUCCCAACGAGCAUCCCAUCACUACCUCCGUAUUCUACUUCAGCUCGUUCAAUGAAGAAGAUCUAUCGCUUGCAAUUACCGAGCUCGAUGUGCCACUAAGAUUUGAGAUGUUGCAGCAGCGCCUGCCAACGGAACCGCCAAUGAUACGCCAUUCGAUUAGGGAAACGAACGAAAUGCCCAUCUACCGAGUGCGCGCACCAGAGGGCGCCGCAAUUAUUAUCAACUUUAAGGCUGUCGACGUGGAUAUGGAUGCGCUAGUGAAGUGCAAUUACAUACCCAACGAGCAGGAGGUGCGCGCGGGUAUACGUAUUAAAGCGGAUGCCAUUGGUAACGGCACCAAAUGCUCGGCUUCAAACGACGCCGGCGAACCCGGCUGGUGUUACGUCGCGCUGAUCGCGGCAAAAGGCGUGAAUAUGCGCGGUAAAGCGGCAAACUAUGCCUUUAAUGUGGAACUGUAUGAAUGCCUGACGUGGAAUGUCAACUUAGAUAAUCCCGUUUGGCGCACCGAGGGCUGCUCUGCGGCGCUGGAUUCGGAAGGUAGCGACAACAUAACAUGCUUUUGCUACCACAUGUCCAUAUUUGCUGGUCGCUCGUACUACAGCACAGCCGAAGAGGUGGUGCGUGAGCGCUUGUUAAAGGAGAGCCUCGACGUGAAUUGGUACCUUAUAGCAUUCUACAUACUGCUGAUUUUAGUCUUUAUCUGGUUGUUGCUGCGCACCUGUGAUGAUUUAGCAACAAGCCAAGCGCAACAACAGUUGGUGCCAGCGUUGGCUGAGAACGAACGCGAGAAGUCGCGUAACAUUGCGCUGCACAUCACAACCGGCGGUCAGUGGACGGCUGCCAGUUCGGCAAAUGUGGUGGUCGCGCUGCCAGGUGGCCGCAGCUACAUAAUCACACAGAACCCCGAGCAGCCGCACUUGAAGCCCUAUACCUCCGGCGUACUUGAGCUGCCUGUGAAAGCUAGUGAAUUGCAGGGACCGUUGCAGAUAACUAUAAGCCAGGAUAAGAGUGGACGCUAUCCCUCCUGGUACUGUGAGUCGAUAACAAUAGUGAAUUUAGAAAAUGGCGGGAAGCAACACUGUACAGUACGAAAGUGGAUUGGCGCAGAGCCAGUCGUUGUGCAACCAGAUGAAGAAAGCCAAAAUGACACGGCGUUCGGGGGCGCUGCAGGAAAUGAGCAAAUUUCCACAGCACAGAAUUGGAAAAAAGUAAAGGCUGCUUACCACGAUGUAUUCAUGACUUGGUUUCUAUUUCAGCCGCUUUUCGGACCUUGGCAAUACGGCGUGGUUAAGGUCGAUCGCUUUGUGCGUAGUUGCAUUUGGAUAGCAAAAUUUGCGGUUAUCCUGUUACUUGUUUUCCUUUAUUUUGGCGAUACUAAUUUGAAUAAUUAUGAAGCUGAGCGAAGCGACUAUGAGUUCUUGAUACGUGUUAUGGAUGGCUGGUUCCUGCUCUUUCUACUAUGCUGCUACGUUGUAACGCUUCUAGUGGAAUUGCUGCUACUUCUGGUUGUAUACCCAGAGGUUCUAACAAAAAGUCGCUGCAAAGGUCCAAAGGAGAAGGGUGGAGUGCAGCAGACGGCAGAGAAAAAGCCAGAGAUGGGGUUGAGUGUGAAAGAACAAGAAGAAGAGGUCAUUGCAAAUCCAAAAGCUCAAGAUGAUGAAGAGACACCUAUGUCUAUAGAUAAGGCGCAAAGCAAAAGUUCAAGGCCAGAUGUAGACAAAGGUUAUAUGAUGUAG